AUGCUUUCGGUUUGGCCUGCUCCGUACGCACCUGUCGCGUUUGCUAUGGACGGUUCUUUCAGACAUUCCGUCCCACCGGGAACAGCAUCCCGUCCGAUGACAGAACACAAAGAAGAUUCGGAAAUAUUUGUAGCCUCUAGUCCAUCUUCUGUGGUAGUUGAAACUACAACUGAAUCAAGAGCAUCGUUUUCAGAAGGUUUCAGAGAUGCAGUGCUUUGUCGACAGUACGCCUGUACAGACUCGUGUGCUCGCUUUAGCAUGGCACUUUCAUCACCGGUAGAGUCGUCAACUUCGUCUUCAUCAUCCAAAUACUCAUCAACCUCCUCAUCCUCCUCGGUAUUCGAGCAGACGGCCUGCUUGGACCGGUGUUCAUUCAAAAGCGCGUCUGCACUGACUAAACUGGACAAGUCAGCUGAAUAUAACGAAAUAUAG